AUGUCGAACGCCUACGUGGAUGGAAUCAUCGGCGAAUACUCUGAGGAUAAUUUCACCGUCAGAGCCACAUUCACCGUGUUCUUAGGACUCGCUCUUUACAACUCCAUCGAAUUAUUAGUCCUCAUCUUCGCCUCUUUCCGUCGUUACCGUGGUCUGUAUUUCUGGAGCUUACUCCUCGCCACAGUCCUAGGCGUGAUCCCUCAAUCCGUCAGUUUCCUACUCAAAUACUACGAUAUCGGUCCACUAUGGUUCGCCAUUACUUUAUCCACGAUAGGAUGGUAUUUCAUGGUUACGGGCCAAGCACUCGUGCUCUUUUCUCGUCUCAACAUCGUCGUCCAGGAUCUGACAAUUAGUCACCGCGUCCUGGCAAUGAUCAUCAUCGAUGCAAUCGUUCUCCACGUCCCAACAACCGUCCUAACCUAUGGUUCCAAUUUCGUCCGCACUUCCGUCUGGGUUUCCGCAUAUAAGAUUAUGGAACGGAUCGAACUCACCGGUUUCUCGCUUCAAGAAUUUAUUAUCUCCGGUCUCUACAUCUACAAAGCUGUUAAAAUCCUUCGAAUGUCCCCAGCAAGCACGCAAGGCAAUAACCCCAAUCGGAAAAUCAUGUACCAGCUCCUCGCCAUUAACGCUCUUAUCAUCGUCAUGGAUGUGAUUCUCUUGGUUCUUCAGUACAUGAAUUACUUCGUUAUUCAAACGACUCUCAAAUCAACAGUUUACAGUAUCAAACUCAAGCUGGAGUUCGGGGUCCUGAGUCGUCUUGUUUUUAUGGUUCAGUCUCAUCGCUAUUGGCCGAGUGAUACGCCGAAAGAUUAUACUCGUCCCGUUAGGGCGAGGGACGAUCCGGACGAGUUGGAUUAUCAUGAAUUUUUGGAUGUUGCUCAGAGUAAUCCUGAGUACCCGUAUGCACCGAAGAAUUGCAAGUCGGCUUCGUCGCGUCAUAGGGAAGUUGUAUGA